GACGGAUCGGAGUCAUUGUUUAAAAUCUUCCAAAAUCCACCUGUAUUUCCCUUUCAUAUUUUUUUAUUGGGCACAUGCACUUACAGUUUUAAUUAUACAGCAUUUCAUGUAGGCAAUAUCCUGGCCUGCCCGUUGUGAACGUGCAUUGGUAAUUUCAGGGUCGCUCUGCCAACACUUGCAGGUCCAUUGGGGCUACUUAAAUUCAAAUUCAUAGGAAUCAUGAACAACGUUCCUUCGGCUGUGCAGGCCCCAACCUCUUCCUCGCGGUCUCGUACUCUUUUCGUUCGGUGUCUGCAGGACAGUCGUAAGGUCCCUUUCAAUCCAAGACCAGGCUUGACGCCCUGGCUUAUUAUCCUACACUAUCCCCUACUAUUAUUCUCACAGAUAGAAGGAAACUUAUGGACGCACCCCACCAGAAGGAGCUGUUCAUAUCAAGCUCUGUUUUCUUUGCGUUGCAGUUGACUGGUGGCUUGGGUCUCUCUCUCCUCGCAAUCAUCGUUGCCGCAUUUCCGAACGUCAAUCGACAUCCAACCUGGUUCAGCUUCUGCAUCUCAUGGAGUAUGAGUGCCAUCUCAUAUUCCUUACUACUCCUCGCGGGACAGAAGAAUAGGGCUCCGAUAUUUCAGUUGUGUGCGACUCAAGCAGCGUUGGUAUAUUCUGCGCCUGUUCUAACCGGAAUGACGACCUUUGCGAUGUUUUUCCAUGUAUACUUAACGAUCCACACGGCUCUAACGAAGGCAGACUUAUCCCGUAUAAGAGGACUCAGAAAACUGCUCAUCAUCACGCCCUACGCUAGCUGGACCAUAUCCUUCGUCGCCCUUCUUGUUUUCUCCGCGAUUAAACCGGACUACGUUCAGAUGGCCGACAACGGCUAUUACUGUAACUUCUCGACUCCAGUACCGAAGAGAAUAUCUGCCUCAGUCUCGUUCAUCUUUCUCACCGCCAUCGUCGCCUUUGAAGGGAUAAUCACUGUCUGCCUUUACCGACAAUGGAGGCGACUAUCCACUAUUGGCCCCAAAGCAGUGAACAUGACGAUCAGAGUGCUGAUAUUCGGAAUAGGAGCUAUCCUAGCAUGGAUCCUUUGCAUUAUCUACUUAAUCCCAGUAAUCGUUGCCAGUCCAUCUAUUGAUAUCAUCCUUGCGAUCCUUCCGUUUCUUGGGCUAAUCAUCUUUGCUACUCAAUCCGAUCUUUACCACGGGCGAGGUUCGAACCGUGCUAGCAGCAUGUCGUCCUCAAAACUCACCGAGAUACCUUCUGCUACACUUUGAAAGGAGUGAAAGUCUAAGAAGAGUACGACUUGGGGAGUCAGUACUGAACGUUGAACGUUCUGAAUGGUCGGUAAUGUAUGAUAUUGUAUGAAGAAUGAACAAAUGCACCG